AUGAGUGAAGAGGGCGUGGCCGGACUCAGGGCUCCUGGUGUGGUGCACCGCUGCAGGCUCGGCGACCCAGCAGUUCCUGCCCAACCCUCACCUAGACCCAGCCGUUGCUGCCUGCCGCCCCCCACCAGCCAUUCCUGCCCACAGUUCCUGUUCCUGGGCCUGUCCCCCGGGCUUGUCCCCAGGACCCGUUCCCUAGGUUUAGGUCUGCCCUUCCACGCCCCACCCCAUUGCCCCUGCCAUGGUGUGGCUAUCUUGCUGCAUAUGAGCUGCAUGCACAAAGCACCUGACCACUGGUAUCCCCAGGACCUGCAGGCCCGCGCCCGCGUGCAUGAGUACCUGUCAUGGCAGCACACGGCUCUGCAGAGUAGCUGCUGCUGGGCCAUGUGGCAGAAGGCAGCCAAUCGGGAAGCGCUGAGUCUCUGUCCAGCCAAUGAGAAGCCAGGUUGCUGUGGUGCCUCGCCCCUCCUCCCUGGUCCGCGAGCCUCGGGUACCCAGAGCUGCUUCUCUCCCAGAGCUGUUUUUCUUUCUCUGCCUGCUAUACCUUUCCUAGAGCUGGACAGGAAUUUGCCCAACAACCGAGUGCCCGCAGGGCUGGAGAAACGACUCUGUGCCGCCGCUACCUCUAUCCUGGGCAAACCUGCGGACCGCGUGAAAGUGACAGUGCGUACAGGCCUGGCCGUGGCACUGAGCGGGUCCACCGAGCCCUGCGCGCAGCCGUCCGUCUCCUCCAUCUGCGGUGCUGAGGACAACCGCAGCCACAGCGCCCACUUCUUUGAGUUUCUCACCAAGGAGCUAGCCCUGGGCCAGGACUGGUUCCCUAUGGGCUUAUCCCCCAGCCCUGCUACCCAUGGUGGCCCAAGAUGCCCAGGAGGGAUAAUACAAGGUAAGAAGUCAUGUUUGAACGAGAAAGCUCUCCUUUAUUUCAUAUGAGGAUGAAGAGGAUUAUGUGAUCACAGGAAUGUUGCAUGUGGCAUAAUCCAAAGCUGGUUAUCACUAGGCCCUCACUCUGCCAGGAGAUCUCUCUGGAAGAAGCAGCCAGCUCACAGAUGCCCCGGAUCCCUCCGUGCCAAUCAUAAAAAUGUCACGACCGUCCCUAUCUUGCCAAUCUGCCACGACUCCAGGGGGAAAAAGCGGAUAAGUAUCCUUCAGGAGACAGAAAAAGAUAUCAUCAGCUCCUUGACUAACACCACAUCUUGCAAGACCCCUGCCAGGUACUCCCACUGUGGGUACUCAGGACAGCCUGCCGCAGUCCACCAGGCAUUUUGCAAACCUGCUCAUCCCAUAAUGAUCUUUCCCCAACCCCCAGCAGGGCAGUGGGACACUCAGG